CGUUUGUUUGUGUGAAAGAUUUCUUAUCUGGGAUCUCUCUCUCUACAAAAAUUAAAAAUUUAUGCUACGCACUUUAGGGAGAGAAAGAACUUAGUUUUAGACAGAGAGAGGGAGAUAGAGAGAGAGAGAGAGAGAGAACGGGGGGCUGGCCCCAGCAGAUCGAAAUCUUCAAUCUUUUGUUCAGUCUCAUGAGGAUCUGUGCUUCUUCAAUGCUUUGUCUAAUGAUUCAAUCCAUCAAAGGGUCAUGAGAAGAGGUGAUUCCAGGAUGUGGGUCUGAGGAAUGGGAACCCAAGUGCACGAGAAAGGCGUCUUGCCGGGUUAUUACUCCAUGAGGGACCUUAAUGAGGAUUCUACUAGUAGUAAUUGGCCCCUGUUUUAUGGAGAUAGGGCCGUAGCAAAUGGGCAAUAUUGUAAUGGUUUCACGUCGAGGAGCGUUGUGGAUGCCUGUUCAGGAUACAACAAGGAUGCAGUAAAACAGAAAAUGCUCGAACACGAGGCAAUAUUCAAGAAUCAGGUUUCGGAACUCCACCGCCUUUACAGAAUCCAGAGGGACAUGAUGGAAGAAGUUAAAAAGAAAGAACUAAAUAAAAACCGGAUGUCAUUGGAGCCAUCGUCUUCGUCUAGCAUUCUAGGAUCUCAAGUGCCCUACGAAGAUGUUCAGAAAUGGCACGUUACCGGCUUUCCUUUGACGAAUUCUGGUUACGCUAGACCGUGUACUUCUAGUACCGAAAUGGGUAAUUCUCUGUUAAGCUGUACACAGGGAAGCGAUGUACAGUCCGGUCGAGUUCAAUUGCAAAAUGGAUGUUCCUCGAAAAACUGUGAAGCAGCAUUCGAGGCUAGGCCAUCGAAAGUGCGGAAAAAAUUGUUCGAUCUUCAAUUCUCGGCUGAUCAGUACGUCGAUACUGAAGAAGGCAAACAGUUGCAAGAUUCUAAAGAAUCCAUCUUCCCGAGCUACCCUGCUAACGGAAACUUUACUAUUGCACGAGAGAGUAGCAUGAAAUCGUUUCUUGGAGGCGGUGGUGAAAGAACUGAUUCCCGAAAAGAUGCUUCGAUGUCACAUUUACGUUUAAGAAGUGUAAAUGGGUUGGCUGAUCUGAACGAACCUCCUCAGCUCGAAGAAGCAACUAUUCCACCGCCCGUUGAUUUUCUCGGUCAUUGUGCUAGCUACAAAGAGGCUGAAACCCGAAAUGUUACCGGUAAACCAAAUCCCGGCUUUUUAGCUCCACCCGAAAUGAUGUGGAACACUAACCACGGAACUUCCAAUGGCCCCCCGAGUAGUCCAUUUAUGGAGAGUAAGGGAAAAGAGAGAGACUGGCUCUCCUAUAAAUAUGAAGCAGGUCGCACUAAAAGCAAUGUCGGUCCGUUACCUCAAUGUCUUGAACAAAAUAAGCUACUUACGCCUUUUCAUCCAGUUGAAGCUAGGCUCGGGAAAGCUCAUCAAAAUCCCGGGAUUCAUCACGCUCACAGUACUAGGGAUGACCUGUGGAGAGCGAGGGCGGGUUGUGGGUUAGAAACCGUUGAUAAAAGCCGUGAAAACUCGAAUUGUAGCCGUUUGGAACCCGGUGCAACAUCUCUGUUGCCCCAUCCGCAUCGUUUAGGUAAUUCCUCCGAGAUUUCCAACUCGUGGUCAUGUUCCGUCUCCAAUUGCGGUGGCAGGCCAACGAGUAGCCCGACUCAGAAGUUAACACCGCUCCAUACAAGUGCGUCUUUGAACUCGUCUAUAGAUUUGAGUAGAAACUCGCACACUUAUUCUCACGGCCAUGAAACUAUCGGAGACAAGUGGCACGCCAAUGGGAGCUCUAUAGUGAAUCCCGGGGGUUUGGGCAGUGAGCUACCUGUCCAGAAUGGGUUUUACCAUGGAUCUUCAUCGGGGUUGAGGGAACCAUCCGUUCGAUUCCCUUCGGUUUUUUUUAACAAUCCGAACGAUAACAAGGGCUAUACUAACCAUCAACAUGGGAAGUUUCUUGUCGGCUCCAACUUAACAGGUUCUAAGUCGGCAAAGGAUUUUGACCUGAAUGUUGCGGAUGAUGUCACCACGAAGCAAGAUGAAGAGUUCGUUGAUGAUAAAAGAAAGCUCGAAGAAGACAGUGUAGCUAAAUUUCCAUGGCUUAAAUUUCAAAAAAACGAGGGGAAAGUUCCAAACUUUGAUUCUGAAUUCAUUCCAUCUUCUUCGACUCCAUUUUGCAAGGGUGAAAUUUCGAAGAAUCUCAAUGAAAUCCUCAUCCAAAAAUCUGCCUCGAUUUUGAGUGAUAUUGGGGCCAAGGAGGUGUCGGGGACUCAAAAUGUCAGGAAAAUUCUCGGGGUUCCUAUUGAAAAUCGUUGUGCUUCCAAAAACGAGUCACCUGUUUCAAAUUCCGCAACCAUUCCUUCCUUGCUUGAAGGAGAAAAUAUCAGAAAUGACAAGAAGAAUAUCGUGAUCGAUAUCAAUGUGGCUUUUGACGCUUCAAUUGCAGAGUCCGAGGAUCAAGCUGCCCGAGAACCUACAGGUAUCAAAAACCACUUCGAUUUGAACUCGUGUAUUACCGAGGAUGAGGAUCCGUUAGGGCCGUGUGUUGUGAGCGAUAAUGUCAAAGCAAGGACCGUGGAGAUAGAUUUGGAAGCUCCCGUUGUUUUGGACAACGAGGGAGAUAAUUUACCCCCCGAGGAAGAGCAUAAACGACCCGAGGCAUCUUUGCAGUUGCCCGAGCACAAGGUUGAGCAAGAACAAGAUGAAGUUGCGAGGAUCGCUGCAGAAUCAAUCGUUGCCAUCUCAUCGGUUGUAGAUGAGACCCGUCUUGAUCCUUUGACCGAAUCGCUUCGGUGGUUUGUCAAUGCUGUCUCUUCGGGCAAGUCGAGCAAAGAAAUGGUAAGCAAGAACGGGGCUCCUAACGAUAAUUCUUCUUCAGAGGGAAUAGAUUAUUUCGAGGCUAUGACAUUGCAACUAACCGAGACAAAGGAAGAAGACUACAUGCCUAAACCAUUCGUUCCCGAGAUCCAAAACGUGGAAGAUAGUGUGGUGACUUCGGUCUCAAAUCGAGCCCGAAAGGGUCCAGGAAGGAGGGGAAGGCAGCGAAGGGACUUUCAGAGGGACAUCCUUCCCGGUCUGACUUCCUUGUCAAGACACGAAGUGACCGAAGACCUUCAAACGUUCGGAGGAUUAAUGAGAGCCACCGGUCAUCCCUGGACCUCUGGAUUGACAAGAAGAAAUGGCGGUGGAAGGGGAAGGGGAAGGCGACGGGCUGCCAUUAUUGACAGUGGGCCCGCCCUCGUUUCAACCCCAACAACCACUUCCUUAAUGCAUCAACAGAACACUAUCGAAUCGAGUUUGGAGGACAGAAGCCUAACGGGAUGGGGAAAGACAACUAGGCGGCCUCGAAGGCAAAGAUUUCCCGCCACGGGUAACCUUUCUGCAAUCCCGUUGUCAUAAACCAUGGGGAAAAGAGGCUGUAAUCUAUACUCAAAUCAUUUUAUAGAGAGGAUAUAAAGACAAGACAGACUAGGAAGCUUGUUUUAAUGACUUUCUGGUAGUGAGCUGAGGUUGUUAGGUUGGGGAUUAUCUUUGUACAUGUCUUUGUAGUCUAUAAUUUCUUCAGUGCCUAUACCCAGAAUUGGUUGGUUACAAAUCUCUGUGUAUUCAGGAAUAAUCCUGCCUCAUAUUUUCUGGAUUUAUACACCAUUUGCUUCAAAAUGUGCUGUCUUAUUUGGGUGUAUUGGUUUUACAAAAGAGUUCCUUGUACACUAGGAUUCAGAUUCAUACAAUAUAUAUUCAGGAGUUACCCCA